CCCUUUCAUAUAUCACUACCUUUCCUAAUUGUCCAAAUUUUCUUAACAUGCUGUCUUUCCUCAUCAGCUUCAUCCUUCUCUUUACGACCACCACCAAUGCCGCCAUCACUACUUCAGAACGACUCAGGGAAGCGCUCGCCACCGCAACCACUCAACGAUUCAAGGAAGCACCGAAAUUCUACAACUCCCCGAGCUGCCCCGACCUCAACAACCACGAGCACUCAGCGGUGCCCAUGUGCUCGGAUGAGGCGGACCACGUGGCAAUGACCCUCGACGCCGCUUACCUCCGUGGCUCAAUGGCCGCCAUUCUCUCAGUCCUCCAGCACUCCUCCUGCCCGGAAAAUGUCAUCUUCCACUUCGUCUCCUCCUCCUCCACCUCCAACUCCCAACUCCUCCAGCAAAUUAUCGAGACGUCAUUUCCCUACUUGAAAUUCCGAGUCUACCCCUUCGACGACUCUGCCGUGGCGGGGCUCAUAUCGACGUCGAUCCGCUCCGCCCUCGACUGCCCGCUCAACUACGCCCGCAACUACCUCGCUAACAUCCUUCCCACAUGUGUCCGCCGAGUCGUCUACCUCGACUCCGACCUCAUCCUCGUUGACGACAUUUCCAAGCUGGCGUCCACCGUGCUGGGCCCCACACAAGUCCUCGCUGCGCCGGAGUACUGCAACGCCAACUUCUCCUCCUACUUUACGCCUACGUUUUGGUCCAACCCGACGCUCUCCCUCACCUUCGAGAACCGCAAGGCCUGCUACUUCAACACCGGCGUCAUGGUCAUCGACUUGGACAAGUGGAGAUCCGGUGGGUACACGGAACAGAUCGUGGAGUGGAUGGAGCUACAGAAGCGGAUGCGGAUCUACGAGCUCGGGUCCCUCCCGCCAUUCCUAUUGGUUUUCGCCGGAAAAAUCGCCGCAGUCGACCACCGAUGGAACCAGCACGGACUGGGCGGAGAUAACUUUCGUGGGUUGUGUCGGGAUUUGCAUCCGGGUCCGGUGAGCUUGCUGCAUUGGAGCGGGAAGGGGAAGCCGUGGGUGAGACUGGACGCCAACCGACCGUGCCCAUUGGAUGCUCUGUGGGCCCCAUAUGAUCUGUUACAGACACCCUUCGCGCUGGAGUCUUGAUUAAAUUAGACAAAUAAUCAUCAAAUUAUCUAAUUCAUUACUACAGUUAAUUUCUUUAUAAUAAAGAAAAACAAAUAUAUAUUUUCUUCUUGUUUUUUUCUUUUGUCCAUGGAAAUUUUUAGGCAUGGGUGAGCAAACUAUACUGAUCCAUACUCAGGCUUCUGGACUCUCUACCCUCUCAAUCGAGGUUUUUGUUGUACAUUAUACAAGGACAAUCAAUAGAGUUUAAUUUUACCA